CAGAAAACACACAGCCGGCCGCGAACGCCGACGGGGCGGGCGCAGCUCCGUCCAAAGCGCGACAGCCUGCAGGAUGGCCGAAAUGGGCAGAAAAAUGGGCGCGGCCAUUGGUGACUGCCAAUAAAUGGAGUCUGACGCCGCGCCGCGCUCUACUACUACUACUAGCACAGCGCGGAUUCAGCGGCGCCGAGCUAGAGAGAGAAAGGGGGGGCGCUCCCCGUCAAGUGUCCGGAACAGCCUCCACGCUCUAAGGAUGGCAACUCCGGUGUUCUUGCUGCUCUUGCUGGCCAUGGCGUUCAGAGGAUCAGACGGGGCGUGGUGCGUGUGCCGGUCGGACGCCACGGACACGGCGCUGCAGAAGACGCUGGACUACGCGUGCGGGCACGGCGCGGACUGCGCCGCCGUGCUCCCGACCGGGCCGUGCUACAGCCCCACCUCGGUGCAAGCGCACUGCUCCUACGCCGCCAACAGCUACUUCCAGCGGAACAGCCAGGCCAGCGGCGCCACCUGCGACUUCGGCGGCACCGCCAACCUCACCGACACAGACCCCAGCUCUGGAACCUGCAAAUACCCUGCGACUCCGAGCGAAGCGGGGACAAGCGGCAACUCUACCGGCGCCGGCGCCGGCACCGGCACGUCGCCGCCAGGCUCCACAAGUAACCCGGCCACGACGCCCAGCAUGGGAGGGACCUUCACGACACCGGUCGGCGCGUCUGGACCCACACCCAGCUUCGUCAGCGCUGCCACCGCCGCCGCGUUCGCUGGUCGCCACGUCCUCCUCCUCGCCGUCGUCUCCGUCCUGGCUUUCUUGGUGCGCUAGUGACAGACUUGCUGGAUCACUAGGCAGCCGAGCAGCGUCAGGAAGCGCCAUUUCCUCCUCUGUAAUCCUCCGGGGCACACGAGGGCUUCGGCUAUUGUUCGUUCUUCUGCUCUCAUGUUUAAUUUCUCGCUGGUUUAACUUAUUCUACUUCCGCCCCAUGCGGCCAUGCGGUCCGUGGAAAUGGAUCGAGUUUGAUUAGUACCACUUCACAUGAAGUCUAGAUUCUGUUACGUUUCAGUGUUUCACCGCUCCUGCUCGUGCCA